CUGAUUGGCUGCGUCAGCAAAGCCACGCCUCUCCACAGGCGAAUUGUUGUCUGCUGAUAAUAAAGAUGGCGAGAGGACCCGCGUAAAUUGGAGAUCUCAAUUGAGGACUGUCAACAUCCCAAAACACGAAAAGGGGUUGACUAGGAGGAAACCAUGGCAUAUGAGGAGUUAAAGGAGAUGGGGUCAGAUGGAGGCCUCGUUGCUGGUCGUAGCCAGAGGGAGAAAAGGAGGUCCUACAAGGAUUUGUUACGAGAGGAAGAAGAGAUUGCUGCAGAGGUCCGAAAGUCAUCCAAAAAACGUCCAAAGGAUUCAGAGCUUUUCAUGCUGGGAGGGGACUUCCACAAGAAGAAGAAGAAACACAGUGACGACCACUAUUACCGGGAUCAUGAUGGUUUAGGCCCACCUCCUCAUAAGAAAAAGCAUAAGUCUGUAGAGCGCUCUCCACCUCUUUCUUCACCCUCUUCAUUGCUCCCGGCAGACACCGCAAUGGGCCUCCUGCAGGCCAUCACCUCUCCAAUGGCUACAGGUUCGGACCCCAGCCCCCACUUGCACAAGAAACCCUCUUAUCCCACCUUCUCGUCGCAUUCCUCCAAGGACCGCAAACGUGAGAGCAGCGGAAGCAAAGGGAGCCACUCCUUAUCACACUCCCGCCCCAUGUCUCUGUCGUCAUCGUCUUCUUCUUUUAAGAAGCAUUCUUCCUCCAAGUCGUCGCUGUUUCACGGCGGAGCUCCCAAAGAGGAACCCCUUACGUUGCGUGAGGCCGACGGGCUGAAAAUGAAGCUCAUCAUGUCGCCAGAGAAAGAGGAGCCGGAAAGCUUUCCAAUAAUGCCACACUUAUCCAAAGUUAGUGUGAAAAAAGAGAAGGACAGAGAGAGGAUGCAGCCGUCAAAGUCGCCCAAGAAGAAGCUGCCGCAGAACAGAGACCCGCUGCCUGUAGUGGGGAAGGAGGUGGAGGUAGAAGGUCAUUAUGGAGGUGGCGUGGGAGAUGAGAGUUCUUCAUCUGGGGCAGAACUGGAGGCUGGGGAACUGAUAAUAGACGAUUCAUAUACACACCUUUCAAAAAAGAAAAAGAAGAGCAAGAAAAGCAAGAAGAAAAAGGACAAAGAGAAAGACAGAGACAAGGACAAAAGUGGGAAGGACAAGAAGCACAGCAAAAGUUUUGGAGAAUCUUCAAGAAGCCACAGCCACUCCCAUCCUACUGUCAGCCAUAGUGCUGUUGGCCCAAUGUAUGCUAUGAGCAAGCCCAUCACCCCUCACCAUCAAGGCCAUGAUGGAACAACAGAGAAGAAGAAGAAGAAAGAAGAUAAAGACAGAGAAAAGCAUGAUAAGGAUAAAGAAAAGACCAAGAAGAAGACGACGACAGCAUAUCAGGUGUUUUGUAAAGAGUACAGGGUCAACAUAAACGCUGAGCAGCCAGGUUUAGAUUUUGGCGAGCUAAGCAAGAAGCUGGCAGAGGUGUGGAAGGCCAUGCCUGAGAAAGACAAACUAGUUUGGAGGCAGAAGGCCCAGUACCUGCAACACAAGCAGAACAAAGCUGAGGCCACCACUGUGAAGCAAAAGCCCUCCAGUGAGGGCAAAACCAAAGUUGUAGGAACAACAGCAGGGCUGGUGUCACCAGCCAGAACACCGGGCGCUAUGUCGCUGUCCCCGGCCCGAGUGCCAGAUGUUGACCCCAUCGACGCGGCAGCUCACCUGCAGCUGCUUGGAGAGUCCCUGUCUCUGAUUGGCCAUCGGCUGCAAGAAACAGAAGGGAUGGUGGCAGUGUCUGGGAGUUUGUCCGUUCUUCUGGACUCCAUCCUGUGUGCUCUCGGCCCGUUGACCUGCCUCACAGCACAGAUACCACAGUUAAAUGGAUGUCCUCGAAAUGUCCUGUCAAACACAUUGGACAACAUUGCCUACAUCAUGCCCGGUCUGUGAGGACCCUGAAACGGAGUAAUGUGGCAUCAAAGCAACCAAACUGACUGGAAGGGUCUGAUCCUGGAGAGGCCUUCGAAGUUUAACUUAAGCCACUGCUUGGGAUCUGAAGAUCUGGAUAUUUCUAGUUUCAACAUGUUUUUAAAGUGUAUUUUUUUAGAUAAUAUCUCAAAAUUUUGUAAUUGCUGAUUUUAAAUCAAACCUUUUAUUGUAUAUGUUUUGUUCUUAUGUUACUGUACAGGUGUCUGUUGAGUUUUUGGCAUUGACUAGGAUUUAAAUUGUAUGAUUGUAGUUAUCUUAAUUAGUUUUUUUUUUUUUUACUAAAACGUGUAAAAAUUUAAACUGUUGUUUUAUGCACUCAUCAGUCUAGGAAAUAUUUCUCUCGUGAACAUUUACAAUGUUAAAAGUACUUGAUUUUUACUCAUGUCGUUGGUGCAGCAUUUAGGUUUUUACUGUACUCGGACAUUUAGGAAGUGUUGGACAAACACAGCUCUUGGUGCAACUUCAUCGAAAUGAAGAGAUCUUCCAAUAAUUUCAGUUAAAAACUGAACAAGAAGGCAACAUUAAACUGUUUUAGCGACAUGGAUGACAUGGUUUUUAUGUUGCACAUCAAAAUAUGUAAAACAGGUGAUUUCCUAUAAAUUUAGAUCAUCAAAAAGGUCAUUUAUUCAAUAAGUGACACUCAUACAUCAUAUAUACUCCUUAUACACAGUGAUGUAUAUUAAGUGUUUUGAUGAUUAUGGCCUACAGCUAAUAAAACCCAAAAUUUGA